GGCUGUUUUUAAUUAAAAAUAAGUCACUUUACAAGUCAACAGAAAUCUGCAAGAUUCAAAGACGUAUUGGUGUUUUUACACAGAUACGAUGAGGUUAGUGAAUCUACUUGCAAUAUUGUCUUAUAUUGUUUGGGAUGUGUCAGGUUUAAAAAUACGUUAUUCUGUUCCCGAAGAAAUGGAGACAGGAGCAGUGGUUGGAAACAUCGCUGCAGAUAUUGGGGUUAACAACUACAAUCUUUCUAAACGAGGCCUUCAAAUUGCGUCGAAUCCUGGGAAACAGUAUCUGGGGUUAAGCAAGAACAGUGGAGUUUUAUUUGUUCGAGAAAGACUUGACAGAGAAAAGAUAUGCGCGUUUAAAGAGGAUUGUUUAAUUAAUCUGGAGGCCGUACUUGAAAAUCCUCUUCAGGUUUUCAGUGUUGAAGUACAAAUCGCAGAUGUGAAUGACAAUGCUCCAUAUUUUCCAUUUCUCGUGUCUCGGAUAAACAUUUCAGAAUCCGAAUUACAGUCAGAAAGAUUUUUACUGGUUAAAGCCGAAGAUCCAGAUGUCGGCAAUAAUUCAGUAUGUAAUUACAAACUAAGCGAAAGUAAAUAUUUUAAAAUAGAUGUACAGACCUGGAAAGAUGGUACAAUGUACGCCGAUUUAUUAAUUAAUCAACCUUUAGAUAGAGAAACGUUGGCGGUGCACAAUUUAAUUCUAAGAGCAGUGGACUGUGGAACCCCUGCACUUUCUGGCACGAUCAAUAUCACUGUUACUGUCCUUGAUGCAAAUGACAACGCACCCAAGUUUGAUAAACACAAUUAUGAGGUGAAUGUACCAGAAAAUGCAUUAUUAGGAACUACAUGUAUUAAACUCAACGCAACAGACGCCGAUGAAGGCUCCAAUGCCGAGUUACUGUAUUCAUUUACUCUUCACACUUCGGAGGAGGCACGGAAAAGAUUCAGUGUGGAUCAAAGAACAGGAGAGAUUAAGGUUAUUGACCUUUUAGAUUUCGAACUGUCUCGUCAGUAUGAAUUGUUUGUUCAAGCAAAAGAUAAUGGAUACAAACAAAUGACCGGGCAAUGCAAAGUGGUGGUAAAAAUCAACGACUGCAAUGACAAUCAACCUGAAAUUACCGUCACUUCAUUAAAGAGCUCGGUAUUGGAGGAUGUACCAAUUGGCACAGUAAUCGCCCUUUUCAGUGUCACGGAUUUGGACUUUGGAGACAAUGGCAUGGUUAACUGCGGUAUUUCAGAUAAUACUCAUUUUACACUUCAGCAAACAGUAGAAAAUUAUUACGCGCUGGUAACAGCGGAGCUUUUAGAUCGAGAAUUAAUCCCAGGUUUUAACAUUACAAUCAUCGUCAAGGACAAAGGAAUACCUUCUCUCUCAAAUAAUGAAAGCGUUUAUUUAACACUGUUGGAUGUAAAUGAUAACGCACCAUCUUUUUCACACGUUUCCUACGAAAUCCCUGUUUCGGAGAACAAUUUACCCGGUACUCGCAUUUGUUCCAUUACUGCUAAUGAUCCUGACAAAGACCAAAACGGAGUUGUAAAGUAUUCAAUACAAGAACUGAAUAACUUCAAUAAUACCGUAACGAAAUUAUUUUCCAUUAAUCAAGACAGUGGAAAUAUUUAUGCACUACAGUCUUUCGACUUUGAAAAAGAGAUAUUUUAUACUUUUACUGUUCUGGCCAGAGAUUCUGGCAGUCCUCAGCUGAGCAGCAGCGCAUCUGUCACAGUAAGAAUUCUUGAUGAAAAUGAUAACACCCCAGUUAUUGUUUCUCCCUGGCGCUCGCAUGGUUCGAUAGUUAGUGACACAAUUCCGAAUUCCCCAGAAGAAGGAUAUUUAGUAGUAAAAGUGAUAGCGAUUGAUGACGACUCUAUGCAAAAUUCACGAAUAACUUACCAUCUGCUUCAUGUUACUGACCAGACCUUAUUCACCCUCAAUCAAUACACCGGAGAGCUUCGAACCAGAAGACGUUUUGUCUUCAGGGAUGCUUCCAAACAAAGACUUGUGAUUCAAGCUCGGGAUAAUGGCAGUCCUUCACUGUCAUCGACCGUUACAAUCCUCAUAUCAAGAUCCGACCCAGAAGAUGAAGGACGUCUGACAUUAAAUGAUGACCUAGAGACCGAAUAUUUAAUACCUUUUAACAUGUAUUUGAUGAUUGGCCUGGUAUCUGUUUCAUUUUCGUUUCUUUUAACCAUAGUGAUUUGUGUAGCAACAUGUCAUCGUAAUCCAGCAGAAAACAACAAAACGUCGUCGCACAGGAUUAGCUGCUACAGCCAAAGAGAUUCAAUGAUCUCUGAUCUGCCCCCAAACUCUACGUUGAUUUCAAGUGAUGCUUACUGGCACAGCGUACUUUUAGCAGAAUCAAGAAAAGGAAAGAUGAUCGUGCAGCACCCAGUGCCCAAUGGAUCUGGAUUCAUUGUCUCAAGUUUAGGAAAGAACCCAGAGCAGACAUCAAUCAAUGAAGUAGCAGAAACACCAGUUCAGGCUGGAGCGCUGGCCCAUUUUUCAUCCCCCACCCACACUCCUCUUCCUGGGCUUGGGACCAGGCAACGGUGAAGUUAAUUCUUUGUCUAGACUGGGAAGAGAUCUCAGUGCUGAUGCUGAUGCUGAUGGUGUGGGUACAGUAUUCAUCAAGGACAAGAAUGGCAAGGUCCUGGUGUCAGAAGAAGAGCAAAAUGCAAGGUGGGUGGAGCACUUCAAAGAUUCCCCCUAACAAUCAGAUGUAACAACUUUUGUUGAUUUCAAUGUGGAGGUUGCAAUUGCAUAUACUUGAUAUGAAUAUGGGUGACAUGGAGAAACAAAAAAACAAAAAAGUUGUAAAGACACUCAAGAAUAGCAAAUCAGCUGGAUUGCACCAGAACUGUUGAAGCAUGGAAGGUAGAGGACUACUAGAAUGUUUACACAAUUGUUCAACCUGAUUUGUGGAACAGAGUUUGUGCCUCAUGACUGGAGAAAGGAUAUGCUUAUAAAACUCCCAAAAAGGAUGAGCUUGGCAUCUGCAUUAACUGGGGAUAUAUAACACUGAUGUUGGUAACUGGGAACAUAUUCUCAUUUGUUCUACUAAACAGAGUCAAGGUCAAAGUAGAUGCCAGGCUCCAAGAGGAAAAAAGCCAUCUUCGGAUUGGGCUGGUCAGGCAGUGAACAUAUCCUUGAACUAUGGAACAUAAUUUAAACAGAGCUAUGAAUUAAACAAGAAGGCCUGUACAUCAACUUUACUGAUUUCAGAAAAGCAUUCAAGGGCGUGCAUCAUGAGGCAGUCUGGGAAAUUGCAAGGUUGUACGGAGUUCCUGGAACAUCUUAUGAAUUCUGUAUCUGAACUAGAAAGGGUUGUAUAAGAACAGGAACAGGAAAUACCAAUCUUUUCAACAUUGUCACAGGUAUUCCCCAGGGCUGCAUUUAUCCU